AUGAAGCCGCCAACCCUCAUCGCCAUCCUCGCCGUGGCCGUCCACGCACACGCCCUCACCGCCAGCCAGCCAGCUCCCCAAGAUCAACUCUCGCAAGAAAGCGAAGCGCUGUCCAAACGCGCGCGCCAGCCCUCCGCGCAAGCCAUCGACGCCGCCGCCCGCUCCUGGCAAAGAGACACGGGCGUCGUGUCGCAGUUCCUGUCCACGGCCGAGUCCAUGAGCCCCCAACAGCUCCAGCAGCAGGCGCGCGGCGCUCUGGCCGCCGAAAACGACGAGCUCAACCACAAGGCGGUGCUGGACCAAAUGUUCCUCACGGGGGCGCGCAGGAACCGAGACGCGACCGUCCGGCAGGCCAACAAUGUCCUCGACACGCAGGGCACGUUUCAGUUCGUCGUGGACGGGCUGCAGACGCUGUCGAGGCGCGGCGCGCGCAUGUCGCCCGGCCAGGUGAGCGCCAUGAUUCGGGCGAUUAACAACGACCGGUGCCCGCAGGUGUUGCCGGCGAUUGAUGCGUACAUGGCUGCGGCGGCGGGCGCCGGGCAGACGGGGAAUGCGCUCAGGGCGAUACGGCCGAGUAACUGCUGA